UUCGCAUUUCCCUGUUGGUGAGAAUGAAGGUAACUGCUUUAUUUUUCCUCCUCACUUCUAUUUCCCUGGCUGCGAACUCAGCUCUGAGCAUCAGAUUUCCCGAUCGGAUCUCCAUUGACCCCAAUCAAGCAUCCGAUCUGCCCCUUAAAACUGCGGUUUUCGCUCUCGGAAGCUUUUGGAGGUCGGAGGCGGCGUUCGGUUGCCAAAACGGCGUCGUCAGAACCACCGCUGGUUAUGCCGGCGGAUCUAGGCUUAAUCCCGAGUACCGAAGCUUAGGAGACCACGCCGAGUCCGUUCAGGUAGAAUAUGAUCCCAGAAUUACAAGUUUCCGAGAACUACUUGAUGUCUUUUGGAGCAGUCAUGAUUCUAGGCAAGUGUUCGGUCAAGGUCCAGAUGUUGGGAAUCAAUACCGGUCUAUAAUCUUCACAAACGGCACUGAAGAAUCGAGGAUAGCUGCUCUCAGCAAAGAAAAGGAACAAACACGAUCAAAGAACAGCAUUAUUACCACUCAAAUUGUACAGCUAGGAGUAUUUUAUCCCGCAGAGCCAGAACAUCAGAAAUUUGAACUCAAACGCAAUCAUUUUCUUCUCCAAUUGAUCGGAAACUUGCCCGAGGAAGAGCUCGAGAGGUCCAACCUAGCAACAAAACUGAAUGGAUAUGCAGCAGAGCUCUGUCCACCUAGGUCGCAGAGGCUGAUUAAUGACAAGAUCAAUAACAUUGUAAGAAAAGGCUGGCCAAUGCUAAGGGAGAUCUAACUCGACUCUCUUCGAGUCCUCGACCAUACUGAUAUAGCUGCCCCAAUCGGAGCCGACGUUUAUCAGCUGACUGCAUUUUCCUCGUUGAUCAGAGCUUCAUCAUCUUAGCUAAAGCUGAUUAACUCAAGGCUAGCCCACUGCUGAUCGAGGCUAGUGCCUUUUUGCUGGAGGAGUUGUACUUAUUGAUGUGUCAAUGAUCGCUAUUCUUUUAUAUAUAUAUAUAUAUAUAUACUACUACUACUACUCAGGCCCGUGUGACGUGCGGCUGACGAACUUUUUAUAACAAUCGCGUUAGUACAUAAUUAUGAGUUUAUAAUAACUAUUUAUUUUACAA